AUGCCUACCUGCCGCCGCAAGCGCGUCGUCCUCACAGAGCCCUCCGCCGCCCUCUUGCACACCGCCCAGACAGACCCACAUAAGCAUGUCUAUUUCCUAGACCAGACAGGCGAAAUAUUCGAGACUUACGAGGCCUAUUCGGCGCGUAUGUCCUUCUAUCGCCUCAAACAGUUCCAGUGCGAAGUCACUGGCAAGAGUGGGCUCGACUACUUCCAGGCCGUCGAGAGCGAGCGCCAGGAGGCAAGGACUUUGCACUCCCGAUUUUCCGAAACCCUCAAGCCCGCCGUCCUCAAAGCUGUUCAAUGGCAGGUGAUGGGUCGCCUUGACCACCUAGUAGACGCCGUCUACGAGCGCUUCAAAGACCGCUAUUUCUUGGGCGAGAGAGUGCUAGUUGACUUGUCUCCUGGUCACAGGUACUACGCGCGUGUGGAGAAGGUAUAUCCACCAAAGUACAACGCGGAUUCCAAAGCACGCGAUGCAUACAUCGAUGCUGCUUCAACAUCGGCACUUGAUGAUGACCCACCCCAUGUUAUUGGAGGCGACCUCCACUAUACUCUUCAAGAGUCAAUUGCGAAGGACGACCCUGCAUUGUACUAUUACUGGGUUCAUCUCACAGAGCUGGAGAAGGACAAAAGUCACGAAAAGGGAAAGUCCACUCCAAAAGUCACAGAGCACGACAAGAAGCUCAUAGGAAGCUUGAUUGAGGUUCAGUGCAAUAUACUAAGUCGUGAUCGUCUUUCCUUCUCGAAGUCCAUCCUACGCCGAUUUAUUCGUGAUUGUGUCGAUCGUGACGCCGCUGUCGCUUCCCCGUGGACUGUGAAACUCCCCAUUGCAGUGCGAUAUGGCGUUGAUUCGGUCAUGCCGGAAGAGACGCGGCAGGGUGUUGAAAACAUUAAGAAGGGAGAAAUAGACAAACGUAAGAAGAUCUGGGAAGACAAGGAAGGGCCUCCCAAUAAGAAGCAGAAGAAGAUGACGGCGGCUCAAGAAGAGAAAGCCGAGAAACGUGAACGGGAUGCGCGAGAGAAACUGGAGAAGCAACGACUGGCGAAGGAGGAGGCGGAACGUAUCGCAGCAGAGAAAAAGAAGAAAAAGCCUGUACGGUAUCCCACUGAAGAUCUCGAUAUUCGUAUAGGAGAAAAAGACAAGAAAGCCGGGAUGCGGUUGACACGACCUCCAGCCAAUAGUGCCUGCCUGCCCUUCAAUAACACUCCUGGCACAUUCGAAGCCUUCCUCAUGGCCUGGAACUUCCUAGUUGUUUAUGGUCAACCUCUUCAUGUUUCAGUAUUCUCGUUGGACGAGUUCGAGCACGCACUUCGCCAUUCUGUUCCCGAUCAGCCCUGUUCCCUCCUUGCUGAAAUCCAUUCAACAUUAAUUUACAAUCUACGGACUGUUAAUUUCAUUCGACAUAGCGCCAUCCUAUCUCUCUUGCAGCUCAAGGAGUAUCUGGAAACACACCAGCAAUCGACUGCUGUUCUCGGAAUUACGAUUGACGAACUGACGGGGGCUAUGGCCGAUGUCGGCAAUAACUGGGAGCGAGUCCCACUCCGUCAUACCGAGGGCCGUGAAGGUUGGGAGGACGCUCUCGUAGGAUGCCUGAAAGACCAUGCAAAUACAACAAAUUUCCCCAGACUUCAGGAGGUGCUCACCAGACUACUGUUUGCCCCUUCUGAAACGGAAUCUGGUUCGAAGGGACCCACGCCUGCGGACGGCGAGGCCGUCCUAAGCACACCCUCUCCUCCAAGCGAGAGAUAUUGCUAUCUACCUCCCGAAGACCGUAUCGCUAUUCUAUCCUUUAUGUGCAAUCUUGCCAUAUCUUCGAAGGCUAUUCAUGCUCAUAUGGAAUCCUGCGAGGAGCAAUUGACGGCGCUCCGGAAAGAAAAGAUUGAGGUCAAUCGAAUGAAGAAGCAAUUCUUAGAAGAAAUGGGUCUUCUCAGCAGCGACUCGAAAGACUCGAACGGCGGGACACCCAACGGAAGUGGCGAAGAUGUCGUCAUGCAGGAUCCGAGCGAACUGUCGGAUGCAUCCGAAGGUGUAGAAGAAUCAACCCCCUCAGGUAGCAAGAGGAAUGCGCGGCAAAAGGCUCAUGCCAAAGAAAGAGAGGCGGCAAGGGCGAAGCGGGCUUCUCAAAAGCAAGCAAUGGCAGAGCGUCGUCGGUUGGAUGAAGAAGUCAACAAACUAGAACGAAGACUAGAGGGCAUCGAACGGGAGUUCAGGAAACUCCUGGGAUCUGUCAGAGUCAAGCCCCUCGGCCGUGACCGAUUCUAUAAUCGUAUUUGGUGGUUUGAUGGUAUGGGUUCUGCGUCGUUGGUUGGCAGUGGUGGGAUUGCCUUGUACGGAACAGGAAGGCUGUUCAUCCAAGGCCCGAGCGAAUUCGACCUUCAGCAACUAGAGAAGAAGGCCAUCGAGGACAAUGAGGACAUCCUUGCGCGGAGAAGGGAGGAAGAAGGCGAGGAAGGCAUGCUGGGGCCCCAAGAUUGGGCAGUAUAUUCUGAACUGGAAGAGCUGGAGGCCUUCGUGUCAUGGCUGAAUCCGAAAGGCUACCGUGAGCUUGCUUUGAAGACUGCGUUCACCAAGUGGUGGGUGCACAUCACAGCAGGGAUGAGGAAGCGGAUUGCGGAUCUGAAUGCCAAUGCGAAAAUCCCUGACGCUCGACGAAGUUCCCGCAAAACAGCUCUUGCUGACCUUUCGAGAGACCCAUAUAUGCUUUGGACGAACCGCCGAGCAGUCAAUUCGUCCUAG